GAUCCGGGAGGCUCGUCGAGGUAGUGGUCCGCGCCCCACAGCCGCGACAGCUCGAAACGCGCGUCCCGCGUCCGUGUUUCCUCCGUCUCUUGGUAAACUCGUCUCUCUGUCGAAAGGGAGGGAUUAACAGUGGUCGGAUCCGAGAGGAAAAGUCGUCCGUGUUUUAAGCCGCGUCCACCACGUAGGUGGACGCGAUCCAUCCCGAUUUCGUCGCGUUCCGCGUCGUCGGGCUGCUGGUGAAUUCUCCGUUUUUCCCUAGGUGUGGAGAAGAGCGCGCGAUUCGGAUCGCGAGACGUUCCUUCUCUAUCCGCGAGGUGGUGGGCAAUGAUAACAGGAGGCGCAAGGGUUUGGAAGGGGGAGACCUCUGCUGACAGUGCGAACGUAGUAGCAGGAUUCUGAGUUACCGGAGACAAGAUUUCCAAGGAUUCCAACCUCGAUAUCGUAGACCGGUGCCAGGACAUUCGGGGGUGGUGCCGGUUACGUACGCGACACGAUCACGAGCGUUUCCGGGGCAAGUGACGCCUUCGACAUUCGCACCUGGACAUUCGCAUGCGGUCGGCACUCAUGCUGUGGUGAAAGAUCGGACCUACCGAGAGAGAGAGAGAGAGAGAGAGAGGCGCGGACGACGAGAAGAGAGAGAGAAAGAGAGAGGGGCAGCAGGAUGUGGCGUGCACUACUCGUGGUGAUCGCGGCCCUCCUAGCGGCCACGGAGAAGGUGGACGGGGACAAAGUGGUGGUCCUCCCUCACGACGUUUAUCCGGGCUACGAGGUGACGCUGUUCAACACGAAACGGCCCUCCAACUUCCGCCUGAUGGAGAACAAUUUCUCCAAGUUCUUCACGGUGCUCGGGAACGGGCUCGUGAUGACCACGUCCGACCUGUCCCCGUUGGUCGACCGCCCCGUGAACCUGAUAGUGGUGGAGGAGCUGGCCAACGCCACCGAGACCCAUUUCCUCCACCUCUACGUGAUAAACCGAAGAAACAUGAUCACCUUCUCCCACGAUCGCCUGGGGGAGGGCGAGGUGGGGGAGAACCGAGGCGCGGGCACUUUGGUGGAGGGUUUCCCGGUGCUGAGGGCGCGGGGAAGCUUCCCGGUCCAUUACACGAUCCUAGCCGACGAGGCGACGGGGGACAGGCCGUUCGCCCUCAGGGAGGAGGACUCGAGUCGGACGGGGUUCAACUUGACGCUGGCCAGCGAGAAGGAGGGGGUCAGGGUGGUGACGGCGAGACCGUUGGACAGGGAGGCGAGCAGCGCGUACACGGUGGUGAUCCACGCGUCGGACGGUUACCUGUUGACGAGCACACGGAUCGACGGCGUGGUGAGGGUGUUGGACGAGAACGACAACAGCCCGGUGUUCGAGAGGGAGGAGUACGCGUUCGAGGCGAGGCCGAGCAGGCGAGGGAUCGGGGAGGAGUCGGGGAGGAACUCGGUGGAACUCGUGGAACCCGGUUGGAAGCGAUUCUCCACCGUUGGCAAGGUGGUGGCCAAGGACGCGGACGGGGACAAAGUCGCGUACAAGUUGGUGACGCCUAGCAGGUUGUUGGUCGUGGUGCCGCAGACGGGGGAGUUGAUGCUGGUCGGGGAGCCGGAGGUCGGGAUGGACGAGGACGGCGAGUGCGUGGCGAUGGUGGAGGCGCACGACGUGCGAAACCCUAGCAGGUCGAGCGUGAAGCCUGCCAAGGUGGUCGUUAGGUUCUUGACGUCCGACCCGAUAGUCGAGGAGGAGGCGGCGGUCGAGGUGCACAGGAUACAGAAGAGGAGGGUGACCAGGGCCGUCAGACCGACGAAGAAGGUCGACUUCACGGAAGCGGAUGGCGACAUCGAGGGAAAGAUCGUGUUCUAUCUGGAGAAGGAGAACGAGAAGGAGACGUACAAGAUCAGGGACGAGAACAAGUGGGUCACGGUAGAUUCGAACGGGUCGGUUAUAGUGAAGCAGAAAUGGGAUUACGAGGAGCUGGGCUCGGAAAAGACCAUUGAUUUUUGGGUGACUAUUACCAACACAGAACGGUGUGCACGAUACUCGUCGUAUCUCCAGUGUCCACAUCACGACACGGACAAUCAGCGUGUCAUUAUCAACGUGAAGGACGUUAAUGACGAGCCACCGUACUUCAUAAAUCGGCCUCUGCCAAUGCAAACGGUCGUACAGCUGAAUGCACCGCCGAAUACUCACGUGUUUACCCUUCAAGCGAGGGAUCCUGACACCGACAGCAAUAUUCACUACUUCAUCGUGCGAGAUCGGACCGGUGGCCGUUUCGAGGUGGACGAGCGAUCAGGUGUCGUGCGUACCCGAGGAACCGAUCUCUUCCAGUUGGACAUGGAAUACGUUCUGUACGUGAAAGCGGAGGACCAGAACGGGCGUAUAGACGAGAGGCGUUAUCAGUCGACUCCCGAGGAACGGCUAUCGAUCGUAGGUGGGAAACGGGCGCCUCAAUUCUACAUGACCGCGUACGAAGCCGAGAUACCGGAAAACCAGAAGAAGGAUUCCGACAUCAUAUCGGUGAAGGCAAAGUCGUUCGCCGACCGUGAGAUUCGUUACACGCUGAAGGCGCAAGGGCAAGGCGCGGCUGGGACGUUCAACAUAGGGCCAACCACCGGCAUUGUAAAAUUGGCCAAGGAAUUGGAUUUCGAGGAUCUUCGCCAACCGCACAUCUACUCCCUUAUCGUUACCGCCACCGAGGAUUCGGGUGGUUUCUCCACGUCCGUUGAGUUGACGAUACGAGUUUCCGACGUGAAUGACAAUGCGCCGAAAUUCGAGUUGCCCGACUACCAAGCCCAUAACGUGGACGAGGAUAUAUCGUUGGGGACGAGUAUACUGAAAGUGAAAGCGACCGACGCGGAUUCCGGCGCGAACGCGGAAAUAGAGUAUCUGGUGUCGGACGACCACUUCAGCGUGGACUCGAGCGGGAUCAUAGUCAACAAUAAGCAGCUCGACGCGGACAACAACAAUGCUUACUACGAAUUCGUUGUCACCGCCAGGGACAAAGGGGAGCCGCCGAAAACGGGGACGGCUACGGUGCGCAUAUACACGAAGAACAAGAACGACGAGGAGCCAAAGUUCUCGCAGCAGGUGUACACGCCGAACGUGGACGAGAACGCGGGGCCGAACACGCUCGUCACGACGGUGGUCGCCUCCGACAAGGACGGGGACAACGUUCGCUUCCGAUUCGUGGGCGGCAACACGACGUCGGGCCAGUUCGUGAUCGAGGAGAUCACCGGUGUGAUUCGCCUUCACGGGAAGGCGAUCUCUUUGGACAGGGACAAGUACGAGUUGAACGUGACUGCACUCGACGACGGUGCCUGUUGCCCCAACGGGGAGACCACCACCCACACCAGCACCGCGGUCGUCGUCGUGUUCAUCACCGACGUGAACGAUAACAAGCCGGUGUUCAAGGAUUGCAGCAUGUACAAUCCCAAGGUGGAGGAGGGCGCGCCCAACGGCAGCACUGUGAUCAAAGUGCAGGCUACGGACGAGGAUAAGGGCGUGAACGGGCAAGUGAAAUAUUCGAUCGUUCAACAACCUAAUCAGAAGGGAACCAAGUUCACCGUAGACGAGGAGACUGGCCAAGUUUUGACGAAUAAGGUAUUUGAUCGCGAAGGAGACGAUGGUAAAUUUGUAUCCGUUACCGUGAAAGCAACGGAUCAAGGUGAACCUUCGUUGGAAGGUGUUUGCUCGUUCACCGUUGAAAUCACCGAUGUCAAUGACAACCCGCCGUUGUUCGAUCGUCAGCGAUACGUAGAGAAUGUAAAACAAGAUGCCAGUAUUGGAACGAACAUUCUCAGAGUAUCGGCAUCGGACGAGGAUGCCGAUAAUAACGGUGCCAUAACAUACUCGUUGAGCUCUCCGAACAAUGACCAAGGAUUGGAGUACUUUGAGAUCCAACCAGAAUCUGGUUGGAUCGUCUUAAAGAAGCCUCUAGACCGUGAGAUGUACAAGCUGGAGGCGAUGGCCCAAGACAAGGGCUUCCCGCCCUUGUCGCGAACGGUGGAAGUACAGAUUGACGUUGUGGACCGUGCGAAUAAUCCACCCGUGUGGGACCAUAUAGUGUAUGGGCCGAUCUACUGUAAAGAGAACAUGGCCGUUGGGGCUAAAGUUGUGUCUGUUAAAGCCAGGUCUGUCACACUGUUAAUGCUCCGUGCGGCUCUGCACGAACCCGCCCUGCACGCAAUCUCGUGGCAGUAUUGUUCUUGUGCACGUUAAUUGAUAUUGUGUACGAUUCCAUACACACGCAUCUACACACAUUCACAUGUACACGUACAUAAAUACACAUACACGUACGUCGGUCGUGUAUGGUUAACGAUGGGCUGCUGAUGGAUCGGUGUACACGCGCUUUCUAUUAUAUAUCGUGAGAACCGUGACUCGAACUAAAAAUUUUUAUUCGCGAUACGAAUAUUAACGUUCACUCGCGAAACUUAAGUGCAACGAGCGUAAAAUUUAUCUCUCGUAAACGCUUUUCCCUCCCCGGUUCAAGGCCAAAUAGUUGAUUUUCCAACGAUUGGUUGCCGACGAUUGGUCAGAAUCUUGAAUGGAUUACAGUCGUCUGGACAAAAUUGUCUUGAAACCGUUGAAAACUUCCUAGUAGUGGUAGAAGCUGCAUCAAAACUGCUGAAACCGAGUAUAUAUAUAUAUAUAUAUAUACCGAAUAUACAAAUGACAAAUGUUGGUAUAGAUCGUUGGUACAUAGAAAGCUACAGGAAUAUUAAUUACAGUAUUUUUGAUUAUAUUUAUUACCGCUGCAUGCAUUACGUUCGAUUCAAGGCAUUUCCAACGUUUCCAACCAUUUAAGAUUCUCUCUCUCUCGCUCCAGAAUGGAACCGUUAUCGAAACGGUAUCCAUCGGAACAAUGGGACGCCCAUCGUUACACGUGACGACCCGACGAACACGAGCACAGAUGCAUUACACGUCAGGUGGUGAGCACGAGUAUUCGUUUGAACGGAAAAAAAAAAAAAAAAAAAAAAAAAAAAUGAAAGAAAGAAGAAAAUAUGGGGGAAUAAAGCGAGCAAUUCGUUUGCCAAAGCUCGUUCGCGUUGCUGUAAUUCGCACGAGCCGCGCGUAUUGUGCGCUGAACCGAAGCGUUCCGUUCGCUCCGAUCUCGAAUGUAUAUAUAUGAAUAUAUAUAUGUGUACGAAUUUGAUAAACGGCAAUUUCUACGAGUAUUAGAAAAUACGGGCUCGUUCUCUCGAAUAAAAUUACUUUCCACGCGAAUCGAUCACGUUUCGUCGCAUUGCAUUACUAGGAAUGUAUCUUGCACGUUUUCGAUCGAUAAAAUAUAUCUCGUCGUUGUUGGAACAGCAACGUCGCUGGUUUACGCUCACUCGGGUCGGAAAUUAUACUCGCAGCGAGCGUACGAUAAUUGCUUAUCCGUUUGAACUUUAUAAUUUAGAUUUACGGUAGGAUGUUUCAUUAGAAGUUGGGAUUAAAAUUACGAGACCAAGUUGAAAUAAUCUUCGAUCGAAUUAAUUAGCUGUAAGAAUUAGCUGAAACGAAAUAAUUGAAGCGAGCCAUGAGCGAGAAGCGAAAACUUGGAGAUUGAAUAGUAUAAUUGGAGAAAGGUGCGUAUAUACGAUAAUACGAAGAUUACGAUUUCAAUUGCGCGUAAAAAUCGAAUACGAACGCUUCCUUCCUUUUUUUUCGCGGACACAAUUUUGUACGGAAGUGUAUUGAUAAUGAAAAUUGGGUUGAUUGUUCGGUUUCGAAGCGGAACGUCCCCGAAACAUAUGGACUUCCGGCACGAACGGAUAGGUUAAUUGCGUAUGCGUUUGGACCAGAUGCCGUGACCACGUGCUGGUGCCGCCGGUGCAGUAAAAGAGGCGAUAUGAAACGCGCGAGCACUCGCGUGUAACGUCACGCGAUCGCUCGAAUGUCAAACGCGUGCCAAUUUCUUCUCCGAUACGUUUGCGGUACGGGCAACAGAUGGAUGCACGAUGCCCUGUUACGUAUAUACGUUUAUACACCAAUUUUCUCUAUCUAUAUUCGAUCGUGCGACCACACUCGUUAUUUUCAUCAUUUUACGAACGAUCAACAUCAUUGCCUGACGAGUUUCUUUUUUUUUUCUCUUUCUUGCUAUCGUCUUUUUUUUUUCGAAAAUUAAUUUACGAAACAAGGAAUAUUUUCUUUAGUUACUUGGCAAAGUAUCGAUCGGUGAGAGAUAAGUUUAUUCGCUCCGAGCCGACAUCUCGCGGAAACGUGACAAAUCUAUUUACGUGGAACGUAAUAAACGCGAAACGUUUGAACUUGACUUAAACGAAUGAAUUUUGCUGCGCGGCAUCAUCGAGAGUUUUGCGUCGCGCCGUUGGAAAGAUGGUUGAAAGAUCGGAGAAACGAAGGAAAGUAAACGUGGAGGGGAUGUUAAUGGUCGAUAGAAGGGGAGAUGUAUUAAUCAACGGAAGGAUCGAAAGCGACGGAUUAACGCAAUCGGGUAGGCGCACACGGCGCGCUCGAAGGGGUAAGCGAAUAUUCGCGGGAGUCACAUUCGUUCUAGCGAUUAUCGAGCGGUAAUCGCGGAAUUAUCGGGAUUAUAGCAGACUCAUACAAUUAGUGUGUGUGUGCCGUAAAUAUUUUUUGGGCAUGCGUUUUACAAAUAGAUGCUUCCCUCAGACGUUGGUAAAUACAUUUUUUUUUUCUUUUUUUUUUUUCUUCUUAUUUUUCGAUUGAUUUUCAUUCAUUCCGGUUGAAAACGUGGCUCUUCCCCAUAUUUUCCGUUCUCUUCUCCACCGUUAUUACUCCUCUGUUCUCGUUUUCUUUGCGUUCUUUCUCUCUCUCUCUCUCUCUAUCUCUCUUCUCUCUCUUUGGUAACUGUUUUUUAUGCACCGGAUUGGCUUUUUUCAAAAUUUUUUCAACCUCACAUUGUUUUCGUCUACUACGUUUUUCGAAUUCACCGUCGUGCCGAAUCUUCAACGAGGUGACGUCGAGACGACGACGACGACACGUCGUUAACGAUUAAUCUCGAUAUAUCGACAAUAGAGAUGAAGAAGAAGAAAAAAAAAAAAAAGAAAGAAAGAUAAUUUUGAUAAAUUUCAAAUAAAUCGCGUCGUCUGAGCAUAUCAUUUUUGCGUUCUCUCCGACCUUUUUCCUUUUUUUUUUUUUUUACAAUUUGUUGCGAGAUUUGCAUCAAGUAUAGAUCGUCGAUAUAUAUACAUAUAUAUAUAUAUAUAUAUUUUAUACAUACGUAUUGUACAUUACGUGAAUGCCGUAUUAAUUUUUGGGCAUGUUUCGUCAGUUGCUUAUCUGCGGUAGGUUAUACCGUGUAUAGUUUUGGAAAAUGAUCCGUUACUCUUGUUUUUUUUUUCUUUCUCUCUCUCUCUAUCCCUCACGUUCCCUCCCCUUUUCGCCUCGGUUUAUAUCAUUUGGUCAUCCAUGUUUUACGUUCGAGCGAUCUCUUUUUUCUUUUUUUCUUUUUUCUUUUUUUUUUUUUUCUCAAUUUUUCAUUUUCUUUCGAGAGCGUAGUGUGUUCUCUCGUAGUGAGUUUUUGCCGGUCAGAUAUUUUUGCGCCAGUCGUAAACGGCAAAGCUGAAUAACGAUUAGACUUUGAGACAUCCUUAGUUAGAGCAUCUCUCGGAAAUUGUUGUAACGUUGUGAUGACGUACGUGGAUCGAAAGUGACGGAGUUCGAUUCGAAUGGCUCCGGAAGAAUAUUUAGCUUCCGGAUAAGAAAGAAAAAGAAAGAAAAAAAAGAAGUAAAGAGAAAAGGAAAAAGAAAAGAAAAGAAACGAAAAGGAAAAGGAAAAAGAAAGGGGUGUAAGAGGAAGAGAAAGAGGUCAAUCCUAAGAGAUCUCCACGCGAGAGAUUGCGCUCGAGGGGUCGAAAUUGGAAAUUGUCGUGAGUGAAGAACAAAUUUGCUGGGACAAAGGCGAAAAUGAUGAAUGAGAUUUCUCUUUCGCUUCUCGAUCAAAUACGCUGCUAUUAACGAUGAUCACGCACUGAUUACACGACUGCCAAAGAAAUGAAAAAAGCGAAAACGGAAUAACAAACACCGCGCACCAUGGUUGGGGAACUAUGAAAGAAAAAAAAUUUUUUUUUCUUUUUUUUAUUAACAGGUUCACGCUGUGUCUUUGUCGUUGAUAUUUGUAUUUAUUCGCUUUAUCUGUAAGAGGAUUUUACACACGAUACAACAGUGCACACACAUAGAAACGAGGUGAGGGGUCACGCUUGAAAACCAUUAACGUUGUCACGUUCAAAUAUUCAAUUUUUUUUUUCUCUCUUUCUUUCUUUCUCUUGUGCAUCCGUUAGAUCUUUAAGGUUCGAUCCUUUGGGCUCUCGCGAGAAGUUUCACGAGACGAGAAAGGAGGAAAUGAAGUUUUUUUUUUCCACCCCUCCCCUCCCCUUUUAACCGAGAAUGUAAUAUAAGCUCGAGUAAUUAAAUAUCUCCCCCCCUCUCAAUUUUUUUCAUCUACAACUUUUUUUUUUUAUUCGUCGAAUUGUAACGGAAUGUUCCACUCGAGAUGUUAAUCUCGUUUCGUUUUAU